AUCGAACUAAGGGUCUAAGAUCCAGUGAUGGUGAGUGUGGCUAGACUGGUGUUUAUGCUGGGGCUGCUGCUGUGUCUGGGAGCCCAGCUGUCUUCCUCCCAGCACUGGUCCCAUGGCUGGUACCCUGGAGGCAAGAGGGAGCUGGACUCAUUUACCACCUCUGAGAUUUCAGAGGAGAUUAAACUCUGUGAGGCAGGAGAAUGCAGCUACCUGAGACCCCAGCGAAGGAACAUCCUUAAAAACGUUAUUUUGGAUGCCCUGGCCAGAGAAUUUCAGAAGCGAAAAUAACCUUAGACAACCUAUCAACCGUGGCUGAUUUAAAUCCUUCCUUGUCUCUGUCUGUUUCCUUCAUGACCUCUAUUCUAAUCUCAUGUGAUUUGGUCCAAUUUUGUGGUUCAUCCACUUUGAUAAUCAUAUAGCAUCACUCUUUACCAUUGCAUUCUCCUUCUGUCCCCUUUUUGCUGCUGUAGACUAUCAAUUACAGAUGCAACAUCGUGCACAUGCCAUUUCCUUUAAUAAAGUAUCUAUUUUGUUAUUAAUGUC